CGGGGGCGGCGGCGACCGGUGAGCUCGGGGGGUGGGGGGGGCCUCGCCUGCGGGCCCCGGCAGCGGGGCGGCCCCCGCCCCGAGGCGAGACGAUGCCGGUGAAGAAGAAGAGGAAGUCCUCGGGGUCGGCGGCUGCCGCGGCGGACGACACCGGCCUGAAGAAAUGCAAACUCGGCAGCUAUUGCAGAUCACAAGCCUCGGGUAAAGUUAUAAGUGGAGAGGAACAUUUUUCAAGCAAAAAGUGCCUGGCUUGGUUUUAUGAAUAUGCAGGUCCAGAUGAAGUUGUGGGGCCUGAAGGAAUGGAAAAGUUUUGUGAAGACAUUGGUGUUGAGCCUGAAAAUAUAAUUAUGUUAGUUUUAGCCUGGAAACUAGAGGCUGAAAGCAUGGGAUUUUUUACCAAGGAAGAAUGGUUAAAAGGAAUGACCUCAUUACAGUGUGACUGUACAGAAAAAUUACAGAGUAAGUUUGACUUCUUGCGGUCACAGUUGAACGACAUUUCAUCCUUUAAGAAUAUCUACAGAUAUGCCUUUGAUUUUGCAAGGGAUAAAGACCAGCGAAGUCUUGAUAUUGAUACUGCAAAAUCCAUGUUAGCUCUUCUGCUUGGAAGAACUUGGCCACUGUUUUCAGUAUUUUAUCAAUACCUGGAGCAAUCGAAGUAUAGAGUUAUGAACAAGGAUCAGUGGUACAAUGUGCUAGAGUUCAGCAGAACUGUCCAUGCAGAUCUUAGCAACUAUGAUGAAGAUGGUGCAUGGCCUGUACUUCUGGAUGAAUUUGUUGAAUGGCAGAAAGUCCGUCAAUCAUCAUAGCAAGAAUUCAAAAGAAAAUGCAGAAGUUUUUUGGUGCCCACUUGUAAAAAAACUAAUGAGAAAAACAAAGGAUUGCAUUUUCAUUCUGAAGAAAGACUGUACAGUAAUUUUUUUUCCUUUUUUAAGGAAAUUUUCUUGUUAUGUGUGAUACGGGCAUUGACCCACACCCUUCUGAGACUGAAAUUUGGAGUUCUUGUUUUGAGUCUUCUGUUUAUAGCAUUUAUUUCAGAACAAUAAAGAUUCAGAUUUGUGACAAAGGCCUAAAAGUGAAGAAUGUCCCUUGAAUGUGAGUGUGGUGUCCGUUUUUAAAACCAAAUCUUUAAGAUUAUCUUUCUCAGAAGUGCCCUUUGCUAUCAAUUUUUAAGACCUUAAAAAUGCUUAACUGGCACUGUUUCUUGCUGAUGGUAUGAUUGUCUUGUGUGAUAAACAUCAGAAAGAAUGACUUUUGGAGCCCUGGGUGGGAGUGUGCUAAUUUGAGUACUAAGUAUUGGUCAUGGAUUGUGCCACAGUUUUCAGCUCCUCAUGGAGAUAAAGGCCUUAAACUCUUUUUUCUUUCUUUUGUUUUUCUUUUUUCCUUUUUUAUUUUCUUUCUUUGUCUUUCCCUUUUUUUUUUGUUUCCUCUUUUUUUUUUUAAUCCACUUUUUGUUCAGUACCCACCCAGUGGCAUGGUAUUUAAUGGUAGCCCUUUUAAAGCAGAAAGGUGUAGAGCAUGGGGCUCUAUACAGAGAAUGGCUACUUGCCUGUACUACAGAUACUGAACAUAUACACUCUUUGGUACAGUAAUGCAGCUUCACAUAUUUACUACAAUGUAGACUUUGGAUUGCUUGGUAUAAUAAGUGCAAUUUAUAUUUUAAAAGGGAAAGCUGGAAAGACUUGGUUUCAAGGUUUGCUUCUUAGAUGCUUUAGACUGGAAGCAUUCACAAUAUGACUUUUUUUUUCUUUUUUUAAUCUCCCUGAAUGCUUUUCAUAAAAUGGAAGUAAAAAAGAGACUAUGAAAUCACUUACCUUUGACCUGUAUAUAACAGGUUAUUAAUCUUUACCCUGUUAUUCUGUGUAUUGAGUCCAAUAACUACUGUGAUUGCUCUUACAGGCACUCAGUAUUCAUGGCAGCCUCUAAAUACUGUAGAAGUUUGUCACUUGGUCUUGCUCAGGAGGGCUAAUGCCACCCUUGAAAAGGAAAGAGAUUUUAAUGAGUAAAUGUGAGAAACCAAAACAGAAUGAGAGAAUGAAGCAUUUGUAACUUCUACUUUAUGAAUAUACAGACUGUGAUAAUGUCAUGAGACUCAGUAAUCAAGGCCUAAUUGUGCCAGAUAUUUCAACAGCUUGAAAUAAGAAUAGACAAUGUAAGCUAGGCAUGACUUGAAGAUCUUUGCCUCAGGGAAACGACUACUGUUUUGCACAUCCCUAAUUUAGACUAAAAAGCAUGAGUUUUCCUGUCCUUAAGGAAAGCUUUAUUCCCAGGAUGAUUUUUUUCUUUUUUUUUUUUUUUCUUUUUUUUUUUUUUUCUUUUUUCUUCUUUAUAGGAAGGGGAAAACAAAAGGAAAGAUGUGAGGACAAAUAGUGAGACAUGAGUAGCCUGUGCUGUUGUUCUACUGCAAGGGACUGGUCUUGUAAGUUGCUUUCCAGAGCUGGUUGCUGUGUGCUGCAGGAAGCAAUGCCAUGGUGGUCCAUGGGCUGCUCUGCAAGUCAUCUGAUAGUGCAGCUGAACAUCAGAAGUUUGCAUCUGACCAAGUGAAAAAAAGCUUUCAGAGUGGGGGGGAUCAAAACCAAACAGCUGAGAUUUUUGGAAGAUCUCUGCUUAUACAGUACCCAGUGUCUGUGUGCAUGUGGACAUGUGCACUACAACUAUUCUGAAAUAUUCUUCCCCCAUUUUUAAUGGAAGUGCUGAUUUUAAACCUCAUGCAGUACAGCAGUUCUCUUCAUGUGUUACAAGUUGUCCAUUGGCAUUGCUGAUUAAUCCUAAUUUCACUCAUGAGAGAGUGCCUUUCAUUUGGAAAUUGCCACAGAAAGUUAGUGCCAGAAUGAGAUUAAUUUGAAGAGUAAGGUUUUAAGAUGCACAGAUAAACAUGCACCAAUUAACUUAUGUCAAGGGAAGUACUGCUGUAUACUAAAUCUCUGAAAGGGCACUGAUUCUGUAACUGCUUUCUCAGUUUCACUGCAAUGGCUCUCUUUGCUUAGUAUGUUUAGUCCCCAUUAUAACUGGGAAAAUAUAUUUCCAGAAUUUUUUGAAAUACUGGUUAGAAGAUGGAUAUUUUGUAGUGUGAUUAAAAAAAUAAUCUUUUAGGUAGCUGCAAACUGUUGUGAAUUCAAUUUAAACUGGGUGGUCCUAGAGGAUGGUUUUAGAGUCUAACAGUAGGAGUGAUGCAUCUACCAAUCUAAGGUGUUCAAGUACUUACCAUUAAGGUGUAAGACACCAUGUGAUGUAUCAGUUUUUCUCUGUUAAGGUUUUAUCAGUAUUCCUAUAAUAAAUCCAUGUUUCAGGGAUUUAUAACUUGGUUGUGUGUGUGUGAUUGAAAAUCAUCAGUUACUGUAAAACUUUGAGAAUGAAUGUAUUUAAGCUACUUAAAAUCAAUAUAGUUUUUCAAAUUUGAAUAAAAUAGGAUUUUAAGUUAUGUUUUUGUGCUCAAAACUGCAAUUGGAUUUAUUGUUUAAAUGUGAACUAAUGGCUUGUACAGUUUCAUUGUGAGCUGAUCACUUUUAUUAGCUGGAUUUUGUUAAAUCAUCUUACACCUUACUGUGGAUAAGUGCCAAUAGCUGUUUGUUUGGGGUUUUUUUAUUUUUUAUUUUGUACAUGUCCAUAAGCCAAAACAGUUCAGCUGAAUGCUUUCUCUUAAUCUUUGAACUUUAAUUUUGCACUGCUCAGGUGCAUUUCAGUCUAUUGAAUUAAAAAAGACACCUUUUUUUUCAGUAUUCUAAGAUGAAAGUUCACAAGUGAAAUCUGCUGCCACAGUUAUAACAAAUAACUGAAGGUGAAAUGUCUUCCAAAACUAAAUUAUAAUAGUGUCUAUCUUGAUGUUAUAAACUUCCAUUUAAUACCACUUUUUGAUUUCUUGAUGUUAUUUCUAACAACUACAUUUUUCUAGUUUCCUUAGCUAACAGUUUUGAAGUUUAAAUCUGAAAAACACCCUUCUGUUCAUGGAAAAAGCCAUACUGGUAGAUUGGAUUGUAGUAUUUCUUCAAUUUGAACAUGUGAUCUUGGAUUAAACAGUCAUGUAUGUUUAUCUGUGUCUUUUAACUGUAUAUGUAGUUUUGAUCCAAUUUAUUUUCACUGUUCAAAUGUCUUAAUUCUUUAUUAAUGGUUGUAAUUUCACAUUCCCAUGUAGUGAAAUUUGAAUUUUGGAUUUGAGAUUACUGUGGAUACAAACUGGGUACCAAUUGCAAACAGCCCAAAAGAGAGCACUGUCAUCUGUCUUUUCAUUGUUGGGGUUUUUCUUUGUAUCAAAAGCUUUGAGCUCAUGUAUUGAUAUACUGCACAAGACUUGCAGAAGGGACCAUAUGUUUAAUAUUUCUUAUGUUUUAUUAAUUUUUUCAGCUAGUGAACAGUUCCUUCAAUGCAAUAUGUACAAACUUGUACAGGUUUAGCUUUGUUAAGUAUGAUGAAUAAAAUGGUAUGUAAUAGGG